UUGCUUUUUUGUCUUUGUCUUUGUUUUUGUUUUUGUUGCUUUCUCGUUCAGUAUCACUCCAACCCCCUUCCACACACCGCGACCACCUCUUCCCUUUCCCUCCCUCCCUUUCGAUUUCGUAGCACCCACAAUGGCGAUCGUCGGCCUGGGAACGUCCAAGCUGGCUGCCGGCAAGUCCAAGUCGACUGGGCAGUUCCUCAUUUCUCGUGGCGUCCAGCUCUUCUACGCCUUUGGCUGGCUCUUUGCCUUCACGGUGCCCUUCCGCUGGGAGCUCCUCGCGCUCGCCGUCGCGUCCUACUACCUCCGCAUGUUCUUUGUCACUGCAGGAUACCACCGCUACUUUUCACACAUGACCUUCCAGACCUCGCGCGCAUUCCAGUUCUUCUUGGCGUUUAUGGCAGAGACGUCUGUGCAGCAGGGCGUUUGCUGGUGGGCGGCUCACCACCGCCAGCACCACCGCCAGUGUGACACUGAGAAGGACCCGCAUUCGCCGUCCCGCCUCGGCUUCUGGAAGUCGCACAUGCUCUGGGUUGAGGACGCCGACAACUACGAGACCCACUGGGAGCUUGUCCCAGACCUUGUCAAGUUCCCCGAGAUUGUGGCCGUGUCGGAGAGCUUCCUGAUCCCUCCCACGCUGUACGGCGCUGCCAUCUACUUGCUCGGCGGCUACGACGUGUUUAUCUGGGCCUUUGUCGUCUCCACCUGGGCUGUCUCCCACGGCACCUUCCUUGUCAACUCGGCCAACCACAUCUGGGGGCGCGAGCGCUUCAUUUGCCAGUACCAGCCCGGUUGCACGGCCAAGAACAACUGGUGGGUCACUGUCUUCACCCUCGGCGAGGGCUGGCACAACAACCACCACGCCAACAUGAAGGUCUGUCGCCAGGGCAUCUACUGGUACGAGAUUGACAUCACCUACUAUGUUCUCCGGGUGCUGCAGGCUCUGGGCAUUGUCUGGAACAUUCGCGAGCCCAACUAUGAGGGUGUCGACCGCCGAAAGGCCGAGUUCCUCGAGUACAAGGCCAAGCUGGCUGGCGCCAAUGUUGCCCACGCCGCUGGCUUGGACUCGACCCUGCUGUCCAAGCACUCGCACGACAACGAGGACAUUGACGCGCCCGUCGUCGCCGACGGCCCUGCUUCCGCGGCUGCUGCUGCCGCCGCCGCCGCCGCUGUCGAUGAAGACACGACAACCGAGCGUCGCUAUCCCCAGCGAAGUCGUACUCCCUCGCGCUCCACCCGUUAAAAGAGAGAAGAAAAAACAAAAACAGAAUUCCCGAGUUUUCAUGAGCAGGUUGAUUCUUAAAUAUCGGUUUGUGUUAAUUUCAUCCUAUCAGCGUGCGUCCUGUGUGGCAUCACUUGGCUGCAGUGCUUUGCUAGUGAUACUGGCGGGGUGUGUGUUUCUUGAGGUGUUUCGUUGUGUCGUUUGAGUCGUCCUGGCGAUUUCUUUUGUUUGAUUCAAAUUACAAGCUUAAACUGCUGGUUUGGUUUGUUCAAAAGUUGUAGUUUUCUUUCGAGUACAC